GAGAAGGCUUUUCUCCAACAUUGCCUCUCCGCGUCCUUGCCGUUUCUGUGCACUAGUCUUCCACUUCCACAGUUUAUUGCUGCUUUGCCUUGUACUUGGUGGGAGUUUCUGCAGCUCACAACCAACGCACAAAGUCGUCCUAAGCCCUCCCAAGUAAGGCUUUGCGUGCUGUACUGCGGCUCCUGGCUCGUUUUCUCCCACCAGUCCGAUCUAUCGCUCUCUUGUCUACCUUGUAGAACCAAUCGUCUAGCUAUUGGGUUUUGAUGACCUUUUCUUACUCCGUCUCGACCCCCGCUCCUGUUGAUUGAGAGCUUGGGUGUCUCCUCUGGUGGACGGGUUGUGUCGUUCCCCAUGUCCUUAUCGACCCUGAGCGCCCUCACUCCAGGCCGUCCACUCCUGUCGGUGUGCUUACUGUCAAGCUGUACCACAAUUGGCACUCUGCGCAUGUGAAACACAGCUCUCACCUUUCAGCUUCCAGACAACGGUAACAUCCCUGCCUGUGUUUGCCAUGAUGUUCCCCCCCCUCCCCCUCCUGCGUCCUGUUCAUGUCCUUGUGCGUAGUGCUGGCUCAUCCCCCCAUCUCUUUCUGCCUCGCCACUUGCUCGGUCACGGUGACUCACCUGACGGCGACUGAGAUGAUCGAAUGGUGCACUAAUUGUGGAAGUAGGUUAACAGCUUGUUCAUUGAUUAAUGAGGCCAAAGUAUCAGGAGAUGUGUAAUUUCGUCCGGCUUGAAGAGGUGUCAUGGGAACUGUCGUCACAGGAGCCGGCGGAUGCUCACAUGCGGGACGUCUGUCUUUGCAGUGAAUGAUCGCAGCCUUCGGUGGGGCGCGUGUACCAGACAAUCUGUCGAGCUUCGGGCGUGACAUCCGCUUCCAUCCCUGGGAGCAGCACGGCCAGCUUGCGUUCACCAAUCAAGCUGGACCCUCAAAGGCCCAGGGUUACAUGGUAAAUGUACAGACGCCGUUGAUGAGUGUAGCUGUCUUAGGUCACGGCGAUUGGGCCAUGAUUCCCAGUAGCUCCAACCAUGAACAGCAGCAGCAGCAAGCGCAGUUACAGCAGCAGGAAAAGAAGGCAAGCCAAUUGUUUGCGCAGAGGGCGUUGCAGGAGCGGCGACUGAAGCCUCCAGAUCAAGUUAUUGCGUGCCCUCGCUGCCAAUCCCUUAACACCAAGUUUUGUUACUACAACAACUACAGCCUUACGCAGCCCCGACAUUUUUGUAAAAGUUGUCGCCGCUACUGGACUGCAGGUGGGACUUUAAGAAAUGUUCCAGUGGGCGGAGGGUGCCGUAAGAAUAAACGCACCAAGCCGCGUACUCCGGAGGGGCAAAAUGGUAGGACAGGUAGUGCAGAUGGCGACAGCAUGUCUGUCCCGGUUCUGCAGCAUCCUGGAUUUAAUUCCACUAGUAUUGACUUCUUGAGCUCCAGUGAAGGUUCUGCGUUUGGAUCAGCCGAUCCAUCCAUGCGCGCGGAUUCACCAAUGUGUCAGAGCACCGAAGGAGGGCUGCCGAUGUUCCAUCCAGGGGCCCAGUCGUCAAGUAUAGCGCAACAUCAGCUACCUCAACCAUUCGAUAGUGGCAUUCCUGGCUUGAAUUUCUUUAGGAAUGCGAAUCGAGUACCAGGGACCACAUUGAACUUGCACCCCACAUUUCAGAUGCCCACUGGGGACUUGAGCGAGAUGUUCGACACGUCAAACGCGCCGAGAGUUGGGGCGCUCUCGACCCUGAGUGAGGGCCUGGGUACUUUCAAUAUUAAUCCCAAGUCUGGGAGGGACCAACAGUCUUUAAUGAGUCUGGAACGGUGGCAGGCUGCAUCUAAGCAACAUGCACCGAGCGGAAUCUGGGGAUUGCCAGAGAUGGCUCAAGCGCAAGCUAACGCGGACAUGAGCAGGCACCAGGAUGCGAAAGGCAAGAUGACGCUCGCGAUGGCACCAGCUUCGGGGAUGGAUGCUCCAAAGAGGAGCCAGCAGCAGCAGCAGCAGCAACAACAUCAACAGCGGCCGACUCCAUCAUGGGAACAUUCGAAUCCUCAGGAGAAUCCUGGAUUGCAUUACGAACAGCAAUCCGAACAGAAUUACUGGAGGAACCCCGGCGGAUGGCCAUCGACUGAGGCGUUUCAAUCUUCCGGCGGUGGACAAGCGUUGUGAGAUGCACCUGUACAAUCUUAUCUUUAGUCAGACUUUUCCUCUCACUCUUUUUCCUGAACAGAGUACCUCUUGUGUGUACUGGAAUUAAACCAGUGGUACUCGCUCAGUGCCAAGCACAUCAGCUAUAAAUGUAAAUGCAGUCGGGACGCCAUAUUUUUUGGCUUCCUUAGAUGCGAGAGCUUGCAGGUUGCGCACUCCGGCGAGCCCCCUGCGCGCGGGUUUCCUCUUAUAGAUCCUGCGCUGUACCUUUUAGGCGAUAUCGCCCAAUCUCCCUCCCCUACCUUUUUUUAUUUUUAUUUUACAUUUUUUAAAAAAACCUUCCCUAUUAAAUUGAAUCAUAUCACGCCAAAACACGCAUUAUUGCGAGUUAAGGAUAUCGUAUGUGCUUGUUUGUUGGCAGUUCAGAAUUGAUUACACUUUUGGAUUAGUGCUCGGUAGCUUGUAUCUUCAUGUCGAUGUCAGCUACCAUCCGCAGCCUCUCACUCGAUCAUGUACAAGUGUUGAAAAUCGAUGUGUUGAGGUGGAAUAUACAUGCUAUCGUAA